AGUGUUAAACGCCAACCUUACAAAUGGUAGUUCUGACCAACACUAAACAUUGUUUAGUAAUAAGUAGUGAGGUGUUUGCAGUUAUUGGCUGCAUUGUGGCAAGUUUCAACUAUGGCCUGGACUACCCUUCAUACAUGGGAGAUGAAAUUUUUACAAAUCUCUCCAGGUUUUCAACUGAUCUCCCUGUUGGCUCACCUACUCAUGAAGUCAUUGGACAUUUUUUUGACAAAGUUGACAACCUGAUGCGAGCAUUUAGAUUCCGGGCUCGUUAUCAGGCUGACAGUCGCACUUACGUGAUGCUGCCCAUGCUGGCCUCAGCAGCUAUGUCUUCAGUGCUGUCCUUGUGGAUGAUCUUUGAUAAAUCUGUACUCACCUCGACAUCUAUUAUCAACUCCAUAUGUGCCAUGUGGCUCCUUCACUUCCCAUACCUAAUUUCUUUUACAAAUACUCAUUUCUACUCAAACUACGAAGCUGUGAAGUACUUCAGUUCAAGCUACAGUGCUGUACUGACACUUCAUAUGAUCAUGAUAACCUUGCUAACUGUUGGGUUUGCGGCUAAUGCUUAUUAUAUACGCCAUAAGAGAAUAGCCUGGCCACGGUGCAACUGCUACAAGCUCUUCACAAUAAAUUCUCUCUUUAUCUGUGCAAGGCUGGUCUAUGCUUCAAUAUUACUACCUUCCGGCUCUGAAGUGCUUUUCUCAGGCAUUCGUUCUGACCCAACAAACACAAAAUACUGCAUUGCCAACGUCACACUCUGUGGCACCGUGCGCCUACCUGCAAGUGUUGUUUUUGGGGCCACUGGAGCUCUUGUUUUCAGUGUGAUGGGCGCGUGCGAGGCUCUGCUGUCUCUACUCUUUGGAUUUGCUCAUGAGGUCAUGACGUUGGGUUUUGCGCUUUUAACUUCACUGGCCAACUUCAUUGUUACUGGAUUUGUCAGCGAAUAUGGCUUGCUAUCGUAUGGCCAAAUGCCAUGGGCUUUUGGCAUUGCCUUCAUGGGCCAGUGCGCCGUAGCUCUUCUUCACGCAUGGCUGAUGUGGAGUGCUCCUGCCUUUAUAAAUUCCGCCCCAAACGUCCUGAAACUUGUAUGUGGUUACAAGCCCAAGCCUGCUGAUGACGUUCAACCUACUAACGAACUCUCUGAAACUGGUGCUGAUGAAGACGUGGAAAACACUAUUCAUGCUGAACAGCAAGAAAAUAAUGAUACUGUCACUACCAGCGACAAUAAUACAACUAAUGGAGAAGUGCAAGCUCGUAAAUUAUUAAUCUCCAAGGCUUUCAGAUUCUGCAUCAAUUUCACAAUUGCUGUGGUAGCUUUGGUUUCUUUGUCGAUGAGUGGCUUCACGAUAGCGGAGACAGAAGCUCUGGACUGGUGUCAGCUGCUGUUGGUUGUUGUGUUGACAGUCGUGGUGUCACGAGCCGUUGUCAGCGUCAUGGUCACUGUCAGUUCUGCUCCAUACUGUGCCACUUCUACGGUUCAGACUGCAAUGGAAGAAGCGAUCGUGAUUGGUCUCCUGAUUGUGUCUGCGGUCGCUACGAGAUUCUAUCAAAUUUCUGCUAUCACCAACGAUGCUACUUACGUCACCAUUGUUGUUCUCGUUUUAAAGAUGGCUGAUUUGUCGCAGUGCCAGGCUUUCAGGAAUCUUUUCUCCUCAUCAUCGAACCCAACAAACACCGCAGUUGGUGGCCGCAGUCAUGAUCGUCGCAGUUUGUCAGUGCAGUCUGACACCAACACUCUAUCAUCAGCUUCCACCUGAGCAGUUGAUUGCUGUCCCUCGUCCCAUCACUUGGACGGCUGCCUGCGUUACUCGUCCUAACUUACAAAUCCUUUCCGACACUCACCCUUUCUCUUAUUUCGACUGCAAACUGCGGUAUUUCUCCCCUCUAUACAAUGCAACGAGUUGAUGCAACGUAUCGUACAGACAAAACGUGUUUUUUUUGUGUCAACUAACAUGUUCUGCAUCUUGGAUCCUUUCGCGACUCGUUGCUGUUAAAGUUUGGUUUCUUUCCCUUAUUUUUAAGUUUUAUUUUUGAUAGUUAUGAUAUGAAAUGUAUGCACUCUACUCGUCGUAUUACUUUUGUUUUUGCACGCUCCUCGUUUUUGUUACGAUUAUAUCUUCUUAUGUUAGUAAGUUA